CCAACCUGUUUCCACUCAUUUUCUCCCUAACAUUUUUAUGACUCUUUCUAAUCCUCUCUUUCCUCACACAUCUUCCCUUCCCCCAAUCAAAAAAAAUUAAGGGACUCUCUCCUUAAUCCACCACUACCACCAUCGCCGCCACCCAUUUUGUUUCCCUUCCACAAUGGGCAACUGUUGCUCCAGAGGUGGUGCCCAGGAUGCCUCAGCUAACAAGGAAGACACCACCGAGGGUACUAAUCGUAUCAAUGGUCAGCUGGACGCUCCCUCCACCACCCCACCUUCACCCCCUCCAGGAGCUUCCCCUAAGCCUGCCAAGGUUACCCCUAUUGGACCUGUCUUAGGCCGUCCGAUGGAAGAUGCAAAAUCCAUUUACACCAUUGGAAAAGAACUUGGUAGGGGACAAUUCGGUAUCACACAUUUGUGUACUAACAAGGUCACUGGCGAGCAAUUCGCAUGCAAAACAAUAGCCAAGAGAAAGCUUGUUAACAAGGAGGAUGUGGAGGAUGUUAGGAGGGAGGUUCAGAUUAUGCACCAUUUAACGGGUCAGCCUAAUAUUGUGGAACUCAAGGGAGCCUACGAGGAUAAACAUUCGGUUCAUUUGGUGAUGGAGUUAUGUGCUGGAGGAGAGCUCUUCGAUCGCAUUAUUGCCAAAGGUCAUUAUACGGAGCGUGCUGCAGCUUCUCUGCUUAGGACCAUUGUUCAAAUUGUGCACACCUGCCAUUCCAUGGGAGUCAUCCAUAGGGAUCUCAAGCCGGAAAAUUUCCUUUUGCUCAACAAACAUGAGAACUCCCCGCUCAAGGCUACCGAUUUUGGCCUUUCUGUGUUCUACAAGUCAGGAGAAGUAUUCAAAGACAUUGUUGGGAGUGCAUAUUACAUUGCACCUGAAGUCUUGAAGAGAAGAUAUGGACCAGAAGCUGAUAUAUGGAGUGUUGGGGUCAUGCUGUAUAUUCUUCUAAGUGGUGUUCCUCCUUUUUGGGCAGAAUCGGAACACGGGAUAUUCAAUGCAAUCCUACGCUGCCAUAUUGAUUUUACUAGUGAUCCUUGGCCUUCAAUAUCACCUCAAGCAAAAGACCUUGUUCGGAAGAUGCUAGCUUCAGACCCCAAGCAAAGGAUGACUGCCAUCCAGGUUCUCAGUCAUCCAUGGAUUAAGGAGGAUGGAGAAGCUCCUGAUACUCCUCUUGACAAUGCAGUGUUGAGUAGGCUCAAACAAUUCAAAGCAAUGAAUAACUUCAAGAAAGUUGCUCUAAGGGUUAUUGCUGGCUGUCUAUCAGAGGAAGAAAUCAUGGGAUUGAAGGAAAUGUUCAGGGGCAUGGACACUGACAACAGUGGUACCAUAACACUUGAAGAGCUGAAACAAGGACUUGCUAAGCAAGGGACAAAACUGUCUGAAUAUGAAGUUAAACAAUUGAUGGAAGCUGCUGAUGCAGAUGGCAAUGGGACCAUAGACUAUGACGAAUUCAUCACAGCAACAAUGCAUAUGAACAGAAUGGAUAGAGAAGAGCAUCUUUACACUGCCUUCCAACACUUUGAUAAAGAUAAUAGCGGGUACAUUACAACUGAAGAGCUAGAGCAAGCUCUGCGCGAAUUUGGCAUGCAUGAUGGAAGGGACAUAAAGGAAAUCAUUUCUGAAGUAGAUGCAGAUAAUGAUGGCCGAAUCAACUACGAUGAAUUUGUCGCAAUGAUGAGAAAAGGAAACCCCGAAGCCAAUCCAAAGAAACGGCGUAAUGAUGUAUUUGUUUGAGUUUGUAGAGGGUGAAUGGCAGGGAAAACAGAAGUACUAUAUAAGUUUGUUUUCUUUUAAUGGGAGGGAAGCUGUAGGAUAUGCAGAAGCAGCCAGCAGAAAUUUGGUAGUUCAAUGUGGAUGUAUACCUGUGAAAUGAGUGUGCUAUUUUCUCUCUCAUCUCUAAACAUUGUAACUAUUCAAAAUGAGUCAUUGCUUACAAAAUAUUUAGGGAAGUAAAGGGUGCAUUUUGUUUUUCAUUGUAUUUGUUCUUCUCCAGUUUAGGAAUGUAUCUUGUGAUUCUGAUUGCUAUAGACUUACUAACAAGAAAUUUGAUGUUGUUUUUAGGAA